UGUGACAGCUCCAUGGCCCCGGCUGGCCACUGAGCCCCACCAUGGGCGCUUUCUACUCUGAGUACCUCAGUUCCAGCAAGGUCCGGGAGCACUACAACUACACCAAGGAGACUCUGGACGUGCAGGAGACGGCAUCCCGCCAGGUGGCCUCGGCCUUCAUCGUCAUCCUGUGCUGCGCCAUCGUGGUGGAAAACCUGCUGGUGCUGGUCGCCGUGGGCCGGAACAGCAAGCUGCACUCGGCCAUGUAUCUCUUCCUGGGCAACCUGGCCGCGUCCGACCUCCUGGCAGGCGUGGCCUUCAUCGCCAACACCCUGCUGUCCGGCUCCGUCACCCUGAGGCUGACGCCGGUGGAGUGGUUCGCCCGCGAGGGCUCGGCCUUCAUCACGCUGUCUGCCUCUGUCUUCAGCCUCCUGGCCAUCGCCAUCGAGCGGCACGUGGCCAUCGCCAAGGUCAAGCUGUACGGCAGCGACAAGAGCUGCCGCAUGCUGCUGCUCAUCGGGGCCUCCUGGGUCAUCUCGCUGGUCCUCGGCGGCCUCCCCAUCCUGGGCUGGAACUGCCUGGGCCGCCUGGAGACCUGCUCCACCGUCCUGCCGCUGUACGCCAAGCAGUACGUGCUGUGCGUGGUGACCAUCUUUUCUGUCAUCCUGUUGGCCAUCGUCGCCUUGUAUGUCCGCAUCUACUGCGUGGUCCGCUCGAGCCACGCGGAUCUGGCCGGCCCGCAGACGCUGGCGCUGCUCAAGACGGUCACCAUCGUGCUGGGCGUUUUCAUCGCCUGCUGGCUGCCGGCCUUUAGCAUCCUGCUCUUAGACUAUGCGUGUCCUGUCCGCUUCUGCCCUGUUCUCUACAAAGCCCACUACUUCUUCGCCUUUGCCACCCUUAACUCGCUGCUGAACCCCGUCAUCUACACGUGGCGGAGCCGGGACCUGCGGCGGGAGGUGCUGCGGCCACUGCAGUGCUGGCAGCGGGCGGCCAGGGGGGCGGGGCGGCGGGACAGGACCCCGGGCCACCGCCUCCUGCCCCUUCGCAACUCCAGCUCGCUGGAGAGGGGCACACAUAUGCCCAUGUCGCCCACGUUUCUGGAGGACAACACAAUGGUCUGAAGGAAAGGGCCAGGACACAGAGCUGUAGAGAGAGGGACUGGCGACCUCAGACGGAGGUUAGGGGCUGCCACGCAAGAUGCCCCGCCCCGGACCUGGGGAUCCGAAGAAGGCCCACAGCCAGAGUAGCUGGCAAGGCCGUGGAGCAGCCAGGUGGCAGGGCUGCUGUGCAGUGCUGGAGGCCAGUGUGGUGACCCUAGGGAACGUCAAAGGACUAGGGUCACAGCAAGUAGGAGGUCAGGGUAGGAGCAGUUUACCACCAGGUACAACCGUGUGUGCGUGCUUAUGUGUGCAUGUGCUUGGUAGCGGGGCUUGAACCCAGGGUGUUCACACUGAGUUACACCUGUAACCCUCUCCUGUCUCCCCACAACUUUGUUGGGUGAUGGUCUGGGUAAGUAGCCCAGGCUGGCUUCCAAGUCUCAGUGAUCCUCCUGCCUCAGCCUCCCAAGUGCUGGGAUUACAGGUGUG